AGUUUCGAUAACACACAAACAGCUGUCAGCUUCGUCUUUAUUGUUUUUGUUUUCAGACUUGACUAAAUUUAGAUUUUAAUUUUUUUAUUUUAUUAAUUAAAACAACGGUUUUAUGAGAAGUAUGGAACUUUUAAAUACAUCUCUAACUCCAGUGCGGUUUGUCGAUAGCCAUCAUCCGCAGUCGCCGGUUAAGCAGCAAGCGAAUUUGGCCAAUUGCAAGGCUCGUCUGGAAUCCUUGGUAAAGGAUAUUACGGCAAACUAUGCGAAAUGGCAGUUGGCUCAUCAGCGCGGCAUCGCCUUGUGCUAUGCCAUUGAAGCGAAGAAGACCCGUUGCUUGGAUAAACCCGAUGAGGAGAUUGGUUAUUAUCCGGAUGAAAUGGCAUUGGCAUGUGAUAAAUUAGCCUUGAUUACCUCGAUAUUUGUGGAUAUCGUAAAGAACUCACACGAGAUUCUGCGACAAUUGCGUACACUCAUCAAAGCAGCCGGCACCGCAUCAAAUGUCAUCUUCUACCGCACAUGGAAGCUGCAGCAUUUUGUCUCCUUUAUGGAGGAGUUAUUAAAUCGCUAUGGCAGGGAGUCGGUGGUCAAGCAGCAAGUGAUGCAGAACAUUGCCCACUGCACACAAAGAAGCAAACUUAUUGCAUAUACAACAGCAUGGGAGUUUCCGGAUCAUGUGGACGCCUAUGUGGAUCUGGUCUUUCGAUUGCUUGCGGAGGAGGUGAAAGAAACCUAACAAUAAUCUAAGAAUUACAAUGUUUUAGUUUUAAAUAGUAUAUAUGUAUAUUAAAUUUUAAUUAAGAGAGA